CCUUUUUCAGGCACAUUGUGUUGUUCAUCUUGCAGUCAGGAUGGGUUGGACAAUAAGGACAUGGGUCAGGCUGGCGCUGCUGCUGGUGGCUCUGGGGUUUGGCAAUUUUGGUGUUUUGGCAAGACAAAAGCGCCAGUCUGAUUGGUGGAGGAGCCACCAGAGAGUUGCACCUGGCCAGGACUUUUCUAGAGGGAGCCUCAGAAAGCCCAACUGGGGAGGCCUUGACCCUCUGUAUGGGUUUGGGGCUUCCAGUGGUGGUUCACUUAGGGGACAUGCUGGUGGGAGGCUUAGAGAUCUGCCACAGACUGGGCGCUCUCCCAUCAGUGUCCAGUGUGGAGAGGAUUCCAUGACUAUCAGUGUCAGGAGGGACUUCUAUAAGAAUGGAAGGUUGGUAAAACCCUCUGAUCUGAGCCUGGGAUCCCAAGGCUGCAAGCCGAGUGCCCCAAGUACUGACCCCAUCGUCUUCCAGGUGGGCCUCCAGGACUGUGGUAAUGUUUUGCAGAUGACGCCAGAUUGGAUGAUCUACUCCACCACUCUUACCUAUAGCCCAGCCUCUUCCGCAAAUGUCCCUAUUACCAGGACUAGCUCAGCUGUCCUCCCCAUCAAUUGCUACUACACCAGACACGGCAAUGUGAGCAGCAAGGCUGUUAGGCCAACAUGGGUUCCAUUCAGCACCACAGUGAACAAUGAAGAGAAAUUGAACUUCUUCUUGCGUCUGAUGGAUGAUGACUGGAGUGGCCCCAGAAAUUCCACGGUCUACCAAUUGGGUGAUAUCCUCUACAUAGAAGCCUCUGUGAACAUCCAGAACCAUAUCGAUCUGACCCUGUUUGUUGACAACUGUGUGGCCACCAUAUCUAAUGAUAUGAACUCAUCGCCUCGCUAUGAGAUCAUUAAUGCCAAUGGGUGUUUGGUGGAUGGGAAGGAAGAUUCGUCUUCAGCCUUCAUCUCUCCAAGAAUUGAUUCAGACUCAUUACAGUUCACUGUCGAUGCUUUCCGAUUUCAGAAUGUGUAUGAGUCUACGAUCUACAUCACGUGUCAGCUGAGAGUUACUGCGGCCACCCAAGUCCCUGACUCUAUGAACAAAGCCUGUUCCUACAGCAAAGCCACAAGCAGCUGGUCUGCUGUGGAAGGGUCCAACGACAUCUGCCGGUGCUGUGACACAGGAACCUGCAGUGCCCCUUCUGGGGAGCGUGGGUUUUUGGGAUCAUUUGAAAGAGGACGCUGGAAGAGAGACAUUGGUCCUCAUUCAGAAGAACAUGGCCUGGUCACACUUGGUCCUCUCUUGGUGAUUGACGCACAGGAUCGGUCAGCCCCCAGAACAGGUCAUGGUCACCCUUCCAGAACAUCUCAAGAGCCAAGACCUACACAGCUGUGGAUGUUGGUGACCGUAGCUUCUGUCAGUCUGGUGCUGACUGCUGCUACUGUCACUUUGAUUGGAAAAUGUGUCCUGAGCAAAUUGUCUUCCUGAUGAGCUUUAGUGCAAUAAACUUUUGAUAAAUAA